UACAAACGUUGAGUGUUUUCAGGUGACAAGUGUGUAAAUUCAAAUCAUACAGCGAGACGUAGCGUCUCUGUCGACAGCGCUGUAUUAAACUAAAGCAGUUAUUCGUGCAAACCCAGCCAGCGUUCGUGACAUUUUCUGCCUAAACGCUUCGGCCAUGGCGCUCAGCGACGCAGACGUGCAAAAACAGAUCAAGCACAUGAUGGCCUUCAUCGAGCAGGAGGCCAACGAGAAGGCGGAGGAGGUUGAAGCCAAGGCAGAAGAGGAGUUCAACAUCGAAAAGGGCCGCCUGGUGCAGACCCAGAGGCUCAAGAUCAUGGAGUACUAUGAAAAGAAGGAGAAGCAGAUUGAGCAACAGAAAAAAAUUCAGAUGUCCAACUUGAUGAAUCAAGCAAGGCUGAAGGUUCUUAAAGCUCGUGAUGACAUGAUUUCGGAUUUGCUAAAUGAAGCACGCCAGAGAUUGGCAGAUAUCACCAAGGACUCAUCAAGAUACUCUAUACUGAUGGAGGGGCUUGUGCUGCAGGGUUUAUACCAGCUCUUAGAACCGAAAGUGACCAUCCGCUGCCGCAAGCAGGACUUGCCUCUGGCGAAGGCUUCUGUACAGAAAAAUAUACGCAUUUACAAAGCUGCAACAAAGACUAACGUCGAGGUCCGCAUUGAUCAGGACAACUUCCUGCCUCCAGAAACCUCCGGGGGAAUUGAAAUAUACAAUCGAGAUGGGAAGAUUAAGGUGUCCAACACCCUGGAGAGCAGGCUGGACCUCAUUGCCCAGCAGAUGAUGCCCGAAAUCCGAGUGGCACUCUUCGGCGCUAAUCCGAAUCGCAAGUUUUUGGACUGAUCUCGCACACUCAACGGAGCUCAGAAAUCCAAAGGCAACUUCAGGAACAAGUGACAUAUCCAGUGAUGUUUAUUUAAUUGCGUACAGUAUUGAAUUUCUGUGUGAGCUCUGUGAAAUAUUUUAAGCAGAGUGUAAGUUGGUUUACUCUGAAUUCUCUGGUUUCAGAAAUGGAUGUCUUGUUCACACAGUGCCAUUGUCCGAUCAUCCUGAAGCAAAGGGGAAACUCUUGACUGUAUGAAUGUCUAUUAAAAAAAUAUAUAUAUUCUGUCCAUUUGUUAUUGUUCAGCUUGAUUUUAUAGUCCAUGAAUGAGACCCUCUCUAUUUGUCAAAGAUGUUUUUCCAAUGAAAUAUGUAAUUUUGUGGUGAUGGAAUAUGAAAUGUAUAUGGAUUUAAA